AUGGCUCCUCCUCGUGGAAAAGUCGCCUUCAUUACAGGUGCCAAUGGCAUUACUGGAAAUGCCAUCAUCGAGAAUCUGAUUCGCAAGCCCGAGUCUGAAUGGUCCAAGAUCAUCAUCACGUCGCGGCGAACUCCGACGCAUAACUUCUGGCAAGAUCACCGGGUCCGAUUCAUUGCUCUCGACUUCUUGAGGCCUGUUGAGGAGUUGAUCGAGAAGAUGGCUCCUUUGUGUCACGAUGUCACGCAUGCAUUCUUCGCCUCCUACGUUCAUACCGCAGAUUUCACCAAGCUGAGGGAGAGCAACAUCCCCUUGUUUCACAACUUUCUCGUUGCCAUCGACAUUGUCGCUGCCAGCUCUCUGCAGCGCGUCUGUCUCCAAACUGGCGGCAAAUAUUACGGUGCCCACCUUGGGCCUCGUGAAGUUCCCCUUCACGAGGAGAUGGAACGGUAUGAGGACCAUGGGGAAAACUUUUACUAUCCACAGGAAGACUUCCUCUUCAGCUUGGCUGCCAAGCGGUCUUGGGACUGGAACAUCAUUCGCCCCAACGGCAUCAUAGGAUUCACACCAUCAGGAAACGGCAUGUCCAUGGCUCUGACUUUGGCUCUUUACAUGCUAUGCUGCCGUGAGAUGGGACAACCCCCUGUCUUUCCAGGGAACAAGUUUUUCUACAAUUCUUGUGUCGAAGACUCAUCUUACGCGCCCAGUAUCGCAGACAUGAGCGUGUGGGCUGUAACAACCGAGCACGCAAAGAAUGAGGCGUUCAACCACGCAAACGGUGAUGUCUUUGUGUGGAAGCAUGUCUGGACAAAGAUCGGACGACACUUUGGCAUCGAGGUAGGGCCACGCUGUGACGAGUUGUUUCAACCGGAGUCCAUUGCUAAUAACUAUGCAAAGGUUCCGGAAUUCACCGAAUGGGCGGCAAAGGGAGAUGAGCUUCGCAUGGCCAACAACUUUCUCAUGACUGAGUGGUCAAAGGACAAGAAGGAGGUGUGGGCGAGUGUUGUGGCCAAGCACGGUGGUCAACUCGAGGCCUACGAUUGGGGCACUUGGGACUUCUUUGACUGGGCCGUCGGCAAGGCUUGGUGCACCAUUAGCUCUGUAUCCAAGGCUCGCAAGUUUGGGUGGCAGAGGUAUGAUGAUACCUACGACACCUACAUCGAGGCCUUCCAGUCAUUCGAGAACGCUGGUGUUCUACCGCGGUCGGAUAUUUGUCAAACGGCGGCCGAGUUGCGCAAGCGGUCCGCCCUUCUACCUCACCCCAGAGAUGCUGUCCUCAGCUCUCCUAAGGGUAAGCUAGAGAACGGCACAUAUGAGAACGGUGUCAAACACAACGGUGUCCCGAACGGGUUUCAGAGCAGUGACCUUGCAGCAGAGAUGUAA